AUGAUGGAAGCUAGAACAGACCGUAUCACUGAUAUUGUGUUUUCUUGGUCGCUUGAAGACAUUUUCAAUGAAAAUCUUUACAAGAAGCAGGUGCAAAAAAUCCCUGAAUCAUUUGAUUCGGUUCAGCAUUAUUUUUCUUCUUAUUUAUAUCCUCUAUUGGAAGAAACUCGAGCACAGGUGCAUUCAAGUAUGGAAACCAUUGACAGAGCACCAUCUGCUGAAGUUGUUGGUUGUGAAGAAUGCAAUCCGUAUGGCCCUUAUGGGGAAAAUGUAUAUGAUAUCAAGGUUGAUUGCUGGAGAAACAGGUUCAAUGAUCGUGGCAAGGAACCAUACAAAACUUUGCCCGGGGAUCUUUUUGUCUUAGCAGAUGCCAAACCCGAAACGGUUUCUGAUUUACAAAGGGUAGGGACAGGGAGGUCCUCUUGGGCUUUUGUUUCAGUCACAAAUGUCCCAGAAAAUGAGGACGAGGACGAGGAUGACAUUGACAGUACUUCUCUUUAUUUUAGAGUCAAGGCAUCCAAAGAUAUCACUCAUACAUCACUAUUUUUGGUUUUCCUGGUGAAUUUAGUUCCUAAUAGCAGAAUAUGGAAAGCGUUGCUCAUGUCCAGAAAUCUGAAGAUUAUCAAGGAAGUUUUGUGCACCGAUUCUGUGGCUCAGAAAAACAAUUAUCUCUGUUCUGAAACGAAUGAUGACAUCCGGGAUAAGUGGUUAGUUGAGAGUUCGUCAUCAGGAUUGAAUGAGUCCCAAACUGGGGCAGUUUUGGCCUGCCUUGAAAUGCUGCGUUGGGAUUCCAAGUCUACCGUGCAACUUAUAUGGGGUGCACCCGGGACAGGAAAAACUAAAACCACAGCGACGCUUCUUUUUACUCUGUUACGGAUGAACUGUAGGACUCUAAUUUGUGCCCCGACGAAUGUUGCAAUAACUGAAGUUGCUUCUUGUGUUCUAAAGAUGGUAACUGAAGCAAAGUCCAAUUCUUUGGGAGAAAUUCUUCUAUUUGGGAAUAAGGAGCGACUCAAAGUUGGACCACACAUUGAAGAUAUAUAUUUGAAUUGCCGUGUCAAAAGGCUAGUUGAGUGCUUGGGGCCAGUGACUGGUUGGAGUAUUUGCUUCGCUUCAAUGAUAGGUUUCCUUGAAGAUUGUGUUUCUCAUUACCAUAUUUUCUUGGAAAAUGAGUUGAGUUAUGAGAAAGAACAUGAGGGUGUUAGUGAAAUGAAAGAGAAAGAAUGCAGAACUGACACUCAAGUUAUCAAGGGGAAGUGUAAAUCAUUUGUUGAAUUUUUCAGAGAUAGAUUUGUUUCUACUGCAUUACUGCUAAGACGUUGCAUUUCUACCUUCUGUACCCAUAUAGCCAAAAAUUACUUUUUGGCACAUACUUUCCAAAACAUGAUUUCGCUCAUAGGCUUAUUUGAUUCCAUUGAAUCAUUAUUGUUGCAUGGUGAUUUUGGUUCUGAAGCAUUGGAACACCUUUGCUCUUGUUCAAAAGUUGAAGAUGUGCCAGAGUCAUUUGUAGAUAACUCAUUUCUGCUGUGGAUGAAGAGAAAAGAAUGCCUUUCAGUAUUACAUACUCUACAGGAUUCUCUUAGUGGACUUGACCUUCCAAAUUUUAGGAAUGGAGAAGCUCUAAUGGAAUUCUGUUUUCAAAGAGCUUCCUUAAUUUUUUGCACUGCGUCGAGUUCGUAUAAGCUGCAUAGAGUGGCAAUGGAGCCACUGACCAUUGUUGUUAUUGAUGAAGCUGCACAAUUGAAAGAGUGUGAAUCAACAAUACCCCUGCAACUUCCAGGUGUGAAGCAUGCUGUUCUUGUUGGUGAUGAAUGUCAGUUACCAGCUACGGUGAACAGCAAUGUUUCUGUUGAGGCUGGUUUUUCAAGAAGCUUGUUUGAGAGGUUGAGCUCAUUGGGCCACUCAAAACACCUUCUGAAUAUGCAAUACAGAAUGCAUCCCUCAAUAAGUUUGUUCCCAAAUACAAAUUUCUAUAACAACCAGAUCCAAGACGCUCCAAAUGUUAAAAAUAGAAGCCAUGAGAAACACUAUCUUCCAGGGUCAAUGUUUGGUCCCUUUUCUUUUAUAAAUGUAAUUGAUGGAAGAGAGGAGAAGGAUGAGGAUGGACGUAGUAGAAAGAAUAUGGUCGAGGUUGCUAUUAUUCUGAAAAUACUGCGGAAGCUGUACAAAGAAUGGAUUGUUUCAAAACAGAAACUCAGUAUUGGGGUGGUAUCACCAUAUGCUGCUCAAGUAGUUGCAGUUCAGGACAAACUUCGACAGAGGUAUGACAAGAUUGAUGGCUUUACAGUGAAGGUGAAGACGGUUGAUGGGUUCCAGGGUGGGGAAGAUGACAUAAUUAUUGUGUCCACUGUACGAUCUACUAUUCAUCAAUCCAUUGAUUUUAUAUCAAAACCGCAACGAGUUAAUGUCGCUCUUACAAGGGCUAGGCAUUGCCUUUGGAUUCUGGGAAAUGAAAGGACUCUAUCUGAUGGGGAAUCUGUUUGGAAGGACUUGGUCCUUGAUGCCAAACGUCGUCAAUGCUUCUUUAAUGCUGAUGAAGACAAGGAUUUGGCCGGGGCCAUAUUAGAGGUGAAGAAAGAAUUCGGCCAAUUUGAUGAUUUGCUUAAUCCUGACAGCAUAUUUUUUAGAAGUUCUAGAUGGAAGGUACUUUUCAGUGAUAACUUUCUGAAGUCAUUCAAAAAGCUGAAGUCAAUCCGUUUAAAGAAGUCUGUAUUAAAUCUUCUGCUGAAGCUUUCCACUGGUUGGAGACCUAAGAAGCCAAAUGUAGGGACAAUUUGUGGAAGCUAUUCACAUAUCUUGAGGAAAUAUAUGGUUGAAGGUCUAUACAUUGUUUGCACAACUGAUAUUGCAAAGGAUGUGAAAUACAAUCAAAUAUUGAAGGUUUGGGACUUAUUGCCUCUAGAGGAUAUUCCAAAAUUGGUAAACCGUCUAGAGAGUAUUUUGAAAAGAUAUACAGAUGAUUUUAUCAACGGUGCAAGGAGAAAUGUCUUGAGAGGUACUUUGUUUUGCAUUCUCGUUGAUUUGGAAGUUCCCAAGAGCUGGCCACCCUCUUUGGACAUUGUCCGAUUCAAGGAUCUUAGCAUCACUGAAAACCAGAGUGAUUUAGUCAGUGAUAACGAUUCUGACGGUAGAAGUUAUGUUGAGAAUUCACAGGUCAGCGAGAGUUUGUUGCUCAUGAAAUUUUACUCCUUGUCAUCUGGUGUGGUAAACCACUUGCUGUCUGACCGUGAGGGUAGAGAGUUGGAUCUUCCAUUCGAAGUCACAGACCAGGAAAUGGAGAUUAUUCUUUAUCGUAAAAGUAGCUUUAUAGUUGGACGGUCAGGAACCGGGAAGACCACGGUUUUAACCAUGAAAUUGUUUCAGAAUGAACAAUGUUACCAAUUGGCAGUGCAAGGAUGCCUUAGUAGUCAAAAUAGAAUGGUUGAACAGAGUUCUUCAUCUACUAAGGGAAGAAAUCUACACCAGCUUUUUGUGACCGUGAGUCCUAAACUGUGUUUUGCCAUCAAGCAACAUGUUUUAAACUUAAAAAGUUUUGCAUGUGGUGUAAGUGAUUUAACUGAAAAGAGUUUGAUUGAUAUGGCUGAUUUUGAUGAGGAGGAAGCCCAAUUCAAGGAUAUCAAGGAUUCAUUUCAUGAUAUUCCUCCCAAUUCUUACCCUCUUGUCAUAACAUUCCAUAAGUUCUUGAUGAUGCUUGAUGGAACACUGGGGAACUCAUACUUUGAAAGAUUCCUUGAUGCAACAAAACUUACACAUGGUCGAUUGCAAAGUUCAAGAUCAGUUGCUUUGCAGACCCUUAUAAGGACAAAGGAGGUUAAGUAUGAGAGAUUCAGUUCAUCUUACUGGCCCCAUUUUAAUAUCCAGUUAACAAAGAAGCUCGAUGCUUCAAGAGUCUUUACAGAGAUAAUAUCUCAUAUUAAAGGUGGUUUGGGAGCCAUGGAUGCGGGUGAUGGUAAACUCAAUCGUGACGACUAUGUUCAAUUGUCAGAGGGCCGGGGUUCCAAUUUAAGCAAGCAAAAGAGAGAAGAAAUAUACGAUAUAUUUCAGGCUUAUGAAAAAAUGAAGAUGGAAAAUGGUGAAUUUGAUCUGGCUGAUUUUGUAAUUGAUCUUCACCGUCGUCUCAGGCAUGAAAAAUAUGGGGGUGAUCAAAUGGACUUUGUUUAUAUUGAUGAGGUCCAAGAUCUCACAAUGAGUCAAAUUGCUUUGUUUAAACAUAUGUGCAUCAACAAUAUUGAUGAGGGUUUUAUUUUUUCUGGGGAUACAGCACAAACAAUUGCAAGGGGUAUUGAUUUUCGGUUCCAAGAUAUACGACAUUUGUUCCACAAGAAGUUUGUGUUGGAAUCAAGAAGCAAUAAGCUUGAAGAAAGAAAAGAAAAGGGACAAAUUUCAAAAAUGUUUCAUUUGACUCAAAAUUUCCGUACCCAUGCUGACCCUGAAACCAGUCUUAUUUAUGGGGAAGCUCCAGUUUUGCUUGAAUCUGGAGAAAAUGAAAAUGCAAUCAUAAAAAUAUUUGGAAAUAGUGCAACUGGUACCGGAAACAUAGUUGGCUUUGGUGCAGAGCAGGUUAUUUUGGUGCGAGAUGAUGGUGCCAGGAAAGAUGUUUCCAUGUUUGUGGGGAAGCAUGCUCUUGUCCUCACCAUUGUGGAGUGCAAGGGCCUUGAGUUCCAGGACGUGCUCUUGUACAACUUUUUUGGCUCAUCACCACUGAAAAACCAAUGGAGGGUCAUAUAUGAUUACAUGAAGGAACAAGAUUUACUUGACUCAACAUUACCAAAGGGCUUUCCAAGUUUCAAUGAAGCUAGGCACAACAUCCUGUGCUCUGAAUUGAAGCAAUUAUAUGUUGCUGUUACUCGUACGAGACAGAGAUUGUGGGUUUGUGAGAAUGUAGAAGAGCUCUCCAAACCAAUGUUUGACUAUUGGAAGAAGAAAUGUCUUGUACAAGUUAGGCAACUGGAUGAUUCACUCGCACAGGCAAUGCAAGUUGCAAGCAGUCCAGAGGAGUGGAAAUCACGGGGAAUUAAGCUAUAUCAUGAGCAUAACUAUGAAAUGGCCACAAUGUGCUUUGAGAGAGGUGGUGAUACGUAUUGGGAAAGAAGGUCUAAAGCUGCUGGCCUUAAAGCUAUCGCUGACCGUAUGCGAACUUCAAAUCCUGAAGAGGCCAAUUCCAUUCUUAGGGAAGCUGCUGAAAUAUUUGAUGCUAUAGGCAAGGCAGAUUCCGCUGCGAGAUGCUUUUCUGAUUUGGGCGAAUAUGAAAGAGCAGCUAGGAUUUAUUUGGAUAAAUGUGGCGUGCCUGAUCUGGAAAGAGCUGGGGAAUGUUUUUCUCUAGCUGGAUGCUAUAAAGAUGCUGCGGAUGUGUAUGCUAGGGGCAAUUAUUUCUUCGAGUGUCUCACUGUUUGUUCCAAAGGAAAACUGUUUCAAAUGGGUUUACAAUACAUCAAGUAUUGGAAACAGCAUGCAAUAGAGGACGGCGUUGUUGCCAGAAGAGGUGAAGGAAUAGAUAAAAUUGAACAAGAAUAUCUGGAGAGCUGCGCAUCCCACUAUUAUGAGAUGAAAGAUAACAGAUCCGUGAUGAACUUUGUUAAAGCGUUUCAUUCGAUUAUUUUGAUGCGGAACUUUUUGAAGAAGUUGGGUCUCCUUGAUGAGCUUCUUUUGUUGGAAGAAGAAUUUGGAAACUAUGUUGAAGCUGCGGACAUUGCGAAGCUGAAAGGCGAUAUUCUACUCGAAGCUGGUUUCCUUGGAAAGGCAGGCAAGUUCAAAGAAGCAUCAUUACACAUUCUAUUCUAUGUGCUUGCAAACUCUCUUUGGUCACAUGGCAGAAAGGGCUGGCCCAUACAACAGUUUUCACAAAAGGAGGAGCAUUUAUCAAAAGCCAAGUCAUUUGCUAAGAAUGAAACAGAAAGCUUUUAUGAGCUUGUUUGCACUGAGGUUGACAUUUUGUUAAAUGAGCAGAGUAACUUGGCCUUGAUAAAAAAUUAUAUGAAUGUUUGUCAGAGGCAUAAGAGUACUAGAGGUGAAUUAUUAUCUGCUCGAAAAAUAUUGGAUGCUCAUAUUUCUUCAAGCGCCAAUAAGUAUGUGUGGGAAAAGGAUUUGGUUGAUGGGGAUCUGAUAAUGUGUUCAGAAGGAAGAAUAUCUGAAAAUCAGGUAUCUAUAGAUUCACUGAUAUAUUUCUGGAUUUUUUGGAAGGAUAAAAUUGCCUUCAUAAUUGAAUAUCUCGGAUGCCUUGAAAACCAAGAUGCUAAUGAUUACAGAAGGUACGGAGAGCUUUGUCUGGAUUACUUAGGAGUGUGGAGGUUGUAUCAUAAUUUUACUCCAGUCUAUGUCUUACUCAUAUCUGAUGCUGAUUGGGUUCGAGGUCUGGACAAAAGACAUUUUAGAAAUCAUGGGAAGUUGGUCUCCAUUAGUGUUCACCAGCUUGUUUCAGCUGCUCGUAGUUAUUGGAGUUCAGAAAUGCUCUCUGUUGGCAUGAAAGUUUUGGAGAAGCUUGAAAAUCUUUACAAGUUUCCAAUAAAAAAUGCUGAUGAUGCAGUGUUCUGCCAAAGCAGGUGUCUUACCCAUAUUUGUGAGAUCUCAGAAUAUCUUUUGCAAUCAAAAUGUUUGAAGCUAAGGAAUCAAGAUACCGAGAGAUUGCAGAGAUGUGUAAAGUUUUCUACUGAUACUGUUGUUGCGAAUAUAUUUCCUUUGGAUUGGAGGAAUUCAUUCAGGGAGAAUAUGAUUGCUCUUAGAAGAACUGAUGCCUUAAAGAAUGUGCUGAAACAAGUAAUAGUUGAGUAUACCAGCUCGAAGAAGGUGCUGUCUUUUGGGCAGAUUGGAAGGCUUGCAAUGGUUAUUCUCGGGUCCGGUAAGCUGAAUAAUAGUGAACUAUACGAGAAGCUUGUGGUAAAACUGGACUGCCACCCGCCAUGGAAGGCUUUCAUUGAGAAUCUAUGUGAGAAUAUUGGCCCUGGAAACACCAGUGAAGAACCGAGAGAGGUGUCUAUAAUGUUGAAGUUGUAUGGAGCUUUAGUUGAUACUUAUAAUGCGAACUGGAGGGUGGUUCGUGAUUACAUAUCACCUGGUUGCUUUUUGUACCUUGUAGAGCGCCUUCUGAUUUCGGCAACUUGCUUUCAGGGUUAUGCUGUCACUACAAGCUCUUGCUUUGUUGAGUGGCUCAUAUACCAAGAGGAAGAUACCAACUUGAGUUCCAUAGCUGGUGGUGAUGUGCAACAAUCUUUAAUUGACAUCCUUCAUUUUGUGAUUUAUGUGGUUCAGGGGUGUCUUUUUAAUAAGGCGGAUAUGGUUGAAUGGAUUAAAAAGACCGACGCAAAUUGGAAGAACAAUUAUUCUCAACUCAUGUUGAGAUUUGUUGUCCUGUUAUGCUUGGUUUAUUUAAAUUUUGACAUGGGUCUAGAUAAACUCUAUGAUUUGCUGGGAAGGGACUAUAUCACUGAGCAGCUGCCACGGGAAUUUUUUGACGCCCUUAAGAGUGGGAGGAGACACAAAUCUCUUAAUAUAAAUACGAGGCUGCUAGCUGCAGCUUUUCAGAAGAUUGGUAAUACUUUGGUAAUUGCAUGUUUCGGGUCUGAUUGUUCAAGGUUCUUAUGUUCAGAUGUCAUCUUUGUUGACAUGAAGGCCAACCAUUCCAGGGAUUACAUACUAAGAAAAUUGUUUCCUAAACGGCCACCUGUCCUACAAGUUUCCCAAGCUACAUCUGUUGAAGCAGGAGGUAAUAAUUCUUUCAGUCGUGUGCUUCAUGCAACCAAUUCCAAUUAUGAGGAAGAGAAGAGUUCUAAGAUCCUGCCAUCGAACUCUGGUGUGGUGGAACCUUUUGAGACUGGUGCUGUAUCUGAUAAGACGAGUGAUGAUGCCGCCGGGGGCAGAGACAGCCACAAUACAGAUGAGGAAUGUUACAUAUCCAAAGAGUCAAAUCCAAAGUCUAAGCAAGCAGAUGCUAUGGCUUCUGGCAGUAAUGAAACUGGAAACAAGGGGAAGAAAAAGGGCAAGAACAAGAAGCCCAAGAAGAAAGGAGGCAAAAAGUAG